AUGCCCGUUCCCGGUCAAUCGGCCCGCACUACUCAACACGAUGCGCUGGUAUACAACUUUAUGGCUACAUCAAACCCCCCCGCAGGGCAAACUAGAGUUGUAGAAAGAGACCUUUACGAUCCGGACAGAAAGCGCGGUCACGCUAGCGAUUCUGACGAAACGUCGACAGAAGUUGAAACCAAGCAACGGAAAACAGAAGAACCUCACAGUGAAGAACUUGACAAUGCCAUCCCCACACCAUUAUUCCUAAUAAUAAGCCACAAGGAAGAAGGCAAGUCUUUGAGCAAGAUCAGUCCCUUCAUUAUAAAUAAGGCCCUUGUCAACACAGCAGGACAACCAAAGUCAAUCAGAAAGUUGAGAAACGGAACAAUUUUGGUGGAGGCUGCGAAUUGCGGUCAAGCCAAGAAGCUCCUGCAAAUGCAACGUUUCUUUGACCAGGUCGAGAUCAAUGUCAAACCACAUCCUUCUCUAAACUCCUCUAAGGGAAUUGUUUUUAGCCGUGAUCUCAUCGAUUGCAGUGAAGAUGAGCUCAGAGAAGAGUUGCAUUAUUCGAUGGUAACGGACGUGGUUAGGAUAUUUAGGACUGAGAACGGUCAAAAGGUUCCCACAGCUGGAUUGAUAUUGACUUUUGCUAUGCCUCAGCCCCCGUCUACUAUAAAGGCCGGAUACCUGUCCUUGGCAGUAAGACCUUAUUUUAAAAACCCUCAGAGGUGCUUUAGGUGCCAAAGGUUUGGGCAUUCUAGCAAGGUGUGCACCAAUUCAGAGACUUGCUCUCGUUGCGCCACAGAGGGCCAUAACGAGGAAGGCUGUAAAAACGACAUCCAGUGUGUAAACUGCAAAGGGAAACACCUAUCAUCCUCUAGAGAAUGCAAAGUAUAUUUAGAGGAAAAAGAAAUUCUUAAGAUAGUGACCCUCGAUAAACUUUCCUUCAACGAGGCUCGCAGGGAGUAUAGGAGAAGGGUUGCCCCUACUCCCAAAAAGGGAGUAUCCUACUCUGAAGCCGCUGCUGCCCCGGUCCAUCCUACCCAAUGUUCAUCCUGCUCAGUUUUGGAGGGUAUGCUCCGAACUCUAACCGAGCAGGUUGCCACUCUUGUGCAACAGCUUGCUGCCGUUGGAGGAGGGCAUUCUUUAUCGUCGCCAACAAUAUCUACUCAAAAGGCCCUUACAACCGGCUCAAAGCAGAAUCAGCCCCAAACAUAUUCAGCAGUCGCAUCACAUUCCAAAGACAGAUCGCAACAGAACAUAAAACCACAGUUAUCCUUGGAAGAAAAAAGACAGAUUUCGUCCAAGCUCAAAGCGUCGAUUCAGAAAAAAGUAGACAAUAGGACGAAGGUGCCGGUAAGAAAUUCACCCUCAUCUAAAUCCUCUCUACAGUCAAUUCCUGACGAAGAUAUGAUCGAUGACCCUUUGCAGUUGCAGUCGGAGUUUCCAGACAGUUCAGGGAACCUUCCGCCCAACUGCAAACCAUAA